AUGAUUGAACCCAUUGGGAAUCAGUACAUCGUGUCCAGGCCAGUGUAUUCUGAAAAUGCCUUUGAGGAAGAUCAUAAAAAGAAAUACAGACAUCACAAGACAUUUCUGGAUCAUCUCAAAGCGUGUUGUAGCUGUUCCACACAAAAGGCCAAGAGAAUUGCCCUUUCUUUGUUCCCGAUAGCAUCUUGGUUACCAUCAUAUCAGGUGAAAGAAUGGCUACUCAGUGACAUUGUUUCUGGAAUCAGCACUGGGCUAGUGGCUGUACUACAAGGUUUGGCAUACGCCCUACUGGUCAACAUCCCUCCAAGCUAUGGACUGUAUGCAGCCUUUUUCCCAAUAAUAGUCUAUUUUUUCUUGGGCACUUCUAGACACAUAUCUGUAGGUCCAUUUCCAGUUCUGAGUAUGAUGGUAGGAGCUGUAGUGAUGAGAUUAGUCCCAGAUGAGAAUACAAAUGCUCUGAACUCCAAUAGCUCAAUGAGCAAUAAUCCAUCACUAGAAGAGCAGAGGGUGAUGGUGGCUGCAUCAGUCACAGUACUUGCUGGAAUUAUGCAGUUGAUCAUGGGGUGUCUGCAGGUUGGAUUUGUGUCAGUCUAUUUAUCAGAGUCCUUAAUCAGUGCUUUCACCACAGCCGCCGCUGUCCAUGUUCUGGUUUCCCAGCUUAAGUUUAUGUUGCAGCUGAAAGUCCCGGCACACACGGAUCCAUUUUCACUCUUCAAAGUACUAAUUUCCAUAUUCUCACAAAUAGAGCAGACUAAUAUCGCAGACCUUGUGACAUCCUUGGUUAUCCUGAUAGUUGUAUUUGUGGUUAAAGAAAUCAAUCAGCGCUACAAAGCCAAACUUCCAGUGCCCAUCCCAAUUGAACUCUUCAUGACUGUGAUCGCAACAGGUGUAUCCUAUGGCUUUGACUUCGAAAAAAGGUUUAAUGUGACUGUGAUUGGGGAGAUGCCACGUGGAUUUAAAGCUCCUGUUCCACCCAACGUACAAUAUUUCCAAGAAACUAUUGGAGAUAGCUUCAGCAUUGCAAUUGUUGGCUUUGCCGUGGCCUUUUCAGUUGCCAGCAUCUAUUCCCUAAAAUAUGAUUAUCCCAUUGAUGGAAAUCAGGAAUUAAUAGCCUUUGGAGUGAGUAAUGUGUUCACUGGAUCCUUCCAAGGAUUUGCUGCCAGUACUGCCCUCUCCAGAUCAGGGGUUCAGGAAAGUACAGGAGGCAAAACACAGAUUGCGGGACUUCUCUCUGCUAUCAUUGUGCUGAUUACCAUUGUAGCCAUUGGAUUCCUUUUAGAGCCACUACAAAAGUCUGUCUUGGCAGCUUUAGCACUUGGAAACCUAAAGGGAAUGCUGAUGCAGUUCACUGAAAUGCGAAGAUUAUGGCGAAAGGAUAAGUAUGAUUGUGUAAUUUGGAUCAUGACUUUCAUCUUUGCCAUUGUCUUGGGACUUGGCUUAGGCCUGGCAGCUAGUGUGGCAUUUCAGCUCCUCACCAUCGUAUUCAGGACCCAAUUCCCGAAAUGCAGCACCUUGGCUAAUAUUGGAAGGAGCAAUAUCUAUAAGAACAAAAAGGAUUAUUUUGAUAUUUAUGAACCAGAAGGAGUCAAAAUUUUCAGAUGUUCAUCCCCUAUCUACUUUGCAAACAUUACAUUUUUUAAGCAGAAACUUAUUGAUGCUGUUGGUUUUAAUCCACUUCGAAUUUUACGCAAGCGCAACAAAGCUUUAAAAAAAAUUCGAAAGAUGCAGAAGAAAGGCCUGUUACAGGUGACACCAAAAGGCUUUAUAUGUACCAUGGAUGGCUUUAAAGAUUCUGAUGACGAGCUGGAUAACAAUCAAAUAGAAGAACUGGAUCAACCGAUCAAUACCACAGACCUGCCAUUCCAGAUAGACUGGAAUGCUGAUCUUCCUUUCAAUAUUGAGGUUCCUAACAUCAGCCUGCAUAGCCUCAUUCUUGAUUUUUCCGCAGUAUCAUUUCUUGACGUCUCUUCAAUGAGGAGUCUCAAAUCGAUUUUGCAAGAAUUUAUCAGGAUCAAAGUAGAUGUGUAUAUUGUUGGAACCGAUGAUGAUUUCAUUGAGAAACUCACACGGUGUGAAUUCUUUGAUGAUGAAGUCAAGAGCUCAAUAUUUUUCCUAUCAAUCCAUGAUGCUGUUUUGCAUAUCUGGAUGAAGAAGAAUUAUACCACUUCGAAGUUUAAUCCCAGUCAGGAAAAAGAAAAAGGUUUUGAAUUUACCAUAAAUACAAAUGGAGGAUUACGUAAUCGGGAAUGUCAGGUACCAAAUGAAACGAAAUUCUAAUAUAAAUAUGAUUCGGAGUGGUCGUUGUCAAUCUGACUGUCACAUGAAGAACAACUUUAUAUCUGGAAAGUUACUGCUAAGUUCAUACAUUGUAUGAAGAUUGUUUUUGGCAAAUUUAUGUUCCAGACUUUGGAACAAGAUUGUUCUAAUACUGUAUAUUUUUAACAUAUCUAGUACAAAAUUGUGUAAAUACCCUUAAUUUUGUACCUGGUGGAUCUACCAAAAGAAAAAAAAUUUAUAUGUAUUUUUAUAGCACUGACAAAUUUCCAUCGAAGUCACUACCUUUUUGCAUGUUUUUGUAGUGCAUCUACAUCUGCUUUAAAUUUCACAAUUUAUACAGCU